AUGGUGGAAUCAACAAAUGCAAUGGAGACUUCCAAAGACCUGGAGGCCAGUCCCUCAGGCACCCUUCAUUCCGCUCAAGUUACACCCAUUGACGUCAAUGCCGAGCGUUCAUAUGUUCGAAAGCUCGACACCUAUCUCCUCCCUUUUCUUUCACUCAUGUACUUUUUCAACUCAGUCGACCGAUCCAACCUCGGCAACGCCAAAACAGACGGCCUAGAAAAAGACCUACACUUUGUCGGCAACGAAUACAGCCUCCUCAUUCUCCUAUUCUACAUCCCCUUUGGCCUGCUCGACCUGCCCCUCAACAUACUCACCAAGAAAUACUCCGCAAAAUGGACCCUCCCUUCACUCAUGGUCAUCUGGGGCGCAAUAGCUACAUUGCAGUGCGCCGCCAAGAACUUCGCCGGAAUGCUUGUCCUGCGCCUUAUCCUCGGAGCCUGUGAGGCCGGCUUCUUCGCUGGUGUAGUCUUCUACUUUACAUUAUUCUACAAACGGUCUGAGCUGGGAUUCCGCAUCUCCGUGUUCUUUGGAACGGCGCUUCUAGCCGCUGCAUUUAGCGGCCUCAUCUCCUACGGCGUGUUUCAAAUAUCGAACACACACGUCUACGGCUGGCAGUGGCUCAUGAUGAUUGAGGGUCUUUUGACCGUAUUGGUGGGCGCCGUAUCAUUCUUCUGGCUGCCUGCGUCUCCAGCAACGGCGUGGUUCCUCACCGAUAAAGAAAAGGCUGCGGCGGAGGCACGCUCCCUCCGCGACGCUUCCGUCAAGGUCGGCGUCAAGUUUAACCUCAAGGAGUGUUUCGUGACCUGGAAAGACUGGAAGUUUGCGCUCUGGUGCAUCAUUUGCUUCACGUACCCCGUGGCCUUUGCAACAACGUCGAAUUUUCUGCCCCAAAUCGUGGCUCGGCUAGGAUACAGCGUCGUCAAAACAAACCUGUGGACAGUUGCUCCUAACGCCGUGGGCUUCGUGGUUCUUCUCGUCGUGUCCAAAUCCUCGGACUACUACCACGAGCGUACUUUUCACAUCUUCAUUUCGCUGGCGAUAUCCCUGGUCGGCAUGCUCAUCCUCAUCACGGUGGAUGUGCUCAAGCAGAAGGGAGUCGCGUACUUUGCUUGCUUCCUCAUGGCAGCUGGAGCGUAUAUUCCCACGUGUUUGGUACAGUCCUGGCACAACAACAACAACUUGAAUGAGAACAGCCGUGCAGCCACGACGGGUCUGCUCGUUGGUUUGGGCAACUUUGCGGGAAUCAUGUCUGCAGCAACGUUUAGGACAGAGUACGCGCCCAAGUACAUCCCGACGCUGAUAUUGACUUGUUGCUGUAAUGUGAUUGCUAUGAUUUCUGUGCUGGGACUGGGCGGCUGGAUGAAGAUGCAGAAUCGGAGACGUAAUCGGGAGCAAGGCGUGGAGUUGCGCCCUCAGGAUGUAAAUACGUCUGAGCUGGGAGACGGAGAGAAGUCACCCAAUUUUCGUUACUUCACAUGA